GAUGACAUGAUUAAUCCAGUAAUGUGAACAACUGAUGUCAGUUAAAAUACGGGGACGGGCGUGUCAGCUCUCAAACUUCUUUCUGACAACAUAAACUGGCAUUUGGCUGUUGAUGGGCUGAUAUUGGCUAAACUUCGUAAAGCAUAUAAUUCUAGAAAAAUGGAACGUUUUCCAUUGCAUGAAGCACUAGAACAAUUGGCUUGGCUAGAGGGAACGUGGAGAACAGAGGACCAAGGCUGCGGCAAGUAUCCCACGAUAAAAGAUUUUAGCUAUUACGAAGAAAUAAGUUUCACAUCCUUGGGACAGCCUAUGUUCAAUUAUACUGGACGAAGCUUCUCCAGAUCAGAUUUAAAAAAACCAAUGCAUCAGGAAACUGGCUUUUUGAAAGUAAAUCCAGGAACUAAUCAAGUGUCUCUUAUCUUAGCACACAAUUUUGGUUUAACAACUAUUGAAUGUGGUGAAGUAAUUGAUAAAACUAUCAACUUAAACAGUACAGAUAUAGUAAGAUUAAAGGGAACAAAGAUGCCUCAUGUAACACAGAUACGCAGGGAAUAUAAACUCUGUGAUAAUUGUUUAGAAUAUGUAUUUUAUAUGGCAACAUCAAAUACUCCAGUGCUGACUGAACACCUGCGAGCAAAAUAUGUGAAAGUAAAGGAAGAAACGUAAAAGGAUGGGAAGAGCAAAUAGAGUUUUUAUUUUACUAUUUGUUUUAGAUGAUUUAUUAUUGUAAUUUACAAAAUUUAAAUAUCUAUGAAGUAUGUGAAACUGAGUGAGGAAUCAUAAAAGGAUAUGAAACACAAAAGAAGUUUUUAUCUUGCUGUUGCUUUUUGACUACUGUAAUUUACUGUAAUCGUCAUACGCAAAUAAAACGUUAGAGUAAAAA